AUGGCAGAUGACGAGAUGACCUCCGCCUUCUCCUACGACCUCGAGAAGCUCCAGGUGAUGAAAGCGAAAACCAUGUAUGAGAUGGUGGAGGACAUCGAUGCGGGCUGCGGCCCGGUAAAGCUGCUCUUCCUCACAAACGCCCAGGCGGAUUCCAUCAAGAGCAGCUCCAAGACCUUGCGGAAGCUGCUCGAAGCCUUUGAGAUUCCUCAGCCGAAGCUGGUCAUCAACUUGCUUACCUCCUCGGGCCUCCGGAAUUUCUUGAAUUUGUUUCCGGCAGAUUGCGCCGCCUUUGGGAAUGAGACAUCCCCGGAGCUCAUCAAUGAUGCGCCACCUUUUCUCAGUGCAGAUGACGAACAUCACGUGCUGACACAGCUGGACACCUUCAUGUCAGAUGUGCUUCUACCACUGGCAGCGUCCACGCAUGCACUCAUCUUGACUUGCGCGGUGUCCGGGGAGUGUGCACUGGCCGGCGCACUGUCGCGUGCUUUCAGACAGCAGCAGGCAAGGUGGGGGCCAACCCCCCCUUUCACAAUCCUUUACACCACGGUGAUGACCCCAUUGCUGUAUUUGAACUCAGAUUUAGAUGCUUACUGGCGAGCUCUGCGCCGCAAGUCCAAAUCAUGGAGCAGCCGCGAUCGGACGCUCCUUGACAUGGUUACUACGGAAGGAUUCAAUGGAUUCUACCCGCAGAGCGUGCAUCUGAAUCACGACUUGGAUAGAGAUGGCUGUUGCUUUCUGAUCGUUGACCAGGUGAAGCAGGUGGGGAGCACUCGCAAGGAGUUUGACGCCAAGCCGGGGAAUGAUCUCAGAAACGAGCUUGUGCGCUUCCUCAGCAGCACCUUACCAUCCAUUGCGUUGAGAACUGGGUACGUGGACAAGUUCAGCACGACGUCAGACAAGACAUGGCAGGUAUGCUUGAACCAGGUCCAUUCUGGCACCGAGCUGCUGUUGCUUGAUUUGCGCCCCCGCCCAAUGGAGGCUCCAGAUGGUGGCCAAUGGGUGUCGCGCACGCAGUUCAUAGAAGCUGCGUGGGAUAAGCUCGUGAAGGGCUGCGAAGCCUUGCUUGCUGACGGAAAAUGCGAUUCGCUCGACGUUUGCAACGUUGCUUAUGCUCACCAUGCUUUAUAUCAUUUCCCAGAGAAGGAUGAGGCCGGCGCACCCCCGCAGCAGAGAAGCGUCAUUCCUCUGCACGAGGCGAUUCGGGAAGCGCGCGCAGAACGCCAGCAUCAAGUCAGUUCGGUCGACCUGGAUGAGGACCGGUGGGAGGCAACAGAUGCGCAGGUCAUGGACGUUGCACGGCGUCUGGCUGGCCGCAUGCUGCAGGACUGCAGGAAAGCCCUAGGAAGGCCCUUAUCAGACGAGUUCAACAAGUUAUAUGACAAAAAGACCGUCGAACUUGCUUCCCAGCUACGGAGCGUGCUGGUGAGCCCGCAGGCACACCAAGUCAACAUACAUGACAUGGCCGAUGCCAAGCGGAUCGUGAAUAGUUUAAUUCAGUCCGAUCGACUUCCCAGGACGAAUUCAUUGGAAGGUUUACUGUUGAUGCAGCAAGCGUGGUGCGAGUGCGAUGUAGCACAUCACUUGGCGAACAGGUACAAGAUACAAACGAAAGUGUUGUAUGUGUGUCAGCUGCUGCUGGCAUGGCUCGUGAUCUUGUUUUCGCAAGUUCAGCUGGGAGCCACUGCGUCAUCGUUUGCUUCUUCAGACAUCGUCUUUGUACUGGCAGUUCUGCACGGGGCCGUCGUGUCGGUCGAGGGAUAUCUCAGGCCCAAGCCGAAAUGGCAAGCACUAAGGGGGGGAGCCACCGCACUGGAAUCGAUGAUGUGGCUGUAUCGCACUCGUGUUGGGCAAUUCCGCAUGGGUGCGGCACAAGAUCCCCGAAAUCCUGAGAUCAUCUUUUGCAGGCAGCUAAAUGAGUGGACGGAGGAUCUCUUUGCAGCUGGUGAUCUGCAGCGCAGUGCAUGGAGUAAGUCGUUCUCGUCAUCCAUCCAUAGGCACCAACAGUGUGAAGGCGACCCGGAGAGAAAGGAAGCUGCGACUGAAGAUGCAGCGAUGGAUGAUCAUUAUUCACCUGUGCAACCAGAUUUGUACAUUCACUUCCGGCUGAUGCGCAGGAUGGAAUGGUAUCAGAAGAGGCUUCCCACCUACAUUUUUCAUGCCUGGGUGUUUAAGCUCUUGGUUCUAUCCUGCACAGUUGCAUGCGCCGUCCUCGCUCGAUUUGGUCAGCCGACGGCUGUUGUGAUCAUCACCGCCUUCUCAUCCAGCAGCACGACAUGGUCCGAGUUCGUUGACGCUGGAAGCAAGGUGGAGCGUUAUUCACGCGCGGUCCGCACCAUGUCCCGGCUGCUGAACUGGUGGAAGCACUUGACCGAAGUGGAGAGGGCUUCCAUGGAGAACAUCGCCGGCCUGAUAAUCGAGACGGAGCAGGCGAUCGCAAAGGAGCAGGCGAACUGGAUGCCCAGCCAUUCUGCAGGGACUGUUGAGACCGGGGCGAAGCCUCCUCCAGAAGCCCCUGCCCCUCGCGAGGUGCCUGAAGCCAGGCCACGAGUUUGA